AACAGCUGCAGGCUUUGGACUAACCCUCAGCUGCCUGGGAUUUUUAUGAAUGGAGAUUUUGUGAUUGGAGGCAUUUUCACUUUUCAUCAUUACACAAGAACAGAGCAAUUUACUUACACCAGACUACCAUCCCAAACAGAGUGCUAUGGGUAUGACAUUGACUUCAGGGAAGUGCGCUUUGCCCGCGCCAUGGAGUUCACCAUCCACGAGAUCAACAACAGAACAGAUCUCCUCCCAGGCAUAACAUUAGGCUACCAGAUACAUGAUUCAUGCUCUACUGUGCCAAUGGCAAUCAGAGUUGCAUUUCAGCUUGCAAAUGGUUUUGAGCCAGAUUUCAAUGAAACUAGUACUUGUUCACAAUAUGCAGCAGCCACUGUGCCUGCUAUCAUAGGAGACUCUGCUUCCACACAGUCAAUCAGUAUAGCUAGAGUGCUUGGUCUUUUUGGAAUUCCACAGGUGAGUCACUAUGCAACCUGUGCAUGUCUGAGUGAUAAGCAUCACUAUCCUACCUUCUUUAGGACCAUACCUAGUGACCAACACCAAGCAGCUGCACUGGCAAGAAUGGUCAAGCAUUUUGGCUGGAUAUGGAUUGGAGCAGUUCGUAGUGACUCUGAUUAUGGAAAUUAUGGAAUGGCAUCAUUCCUAAAGGCUGCACAAGCAGAGGGGAUUUGUGUGGAGUAUUCUGAGUCUUACUACAGGACACAGCCACGCAGUAAACUGGAGCGAGUGGCAAAUGUCAUUCGCAGAUCCACAGCCCGUGUUAUAAUAGCAUUCAUGGCAUCAGGUGACAUGAAAAUUCUUUUAGCAGAGCUAUCCCGACAGCCACCACCUCCACUUCAGUGGAUUGGAAGUGAAACCUGGAUCACAGAUCCUGAUAUUUUACGGUAUAACAUGUGUGCCGGUGCAAUAGGAUUUGGUGUUCCCCGGUCAGUUAUACCAGGCCUUCGUGAGUUUCUUCUAGACCUCACACCCAGCAAAGCACUAGAAUCACCCCUUUUAACAGAAUUUUGGGAAAGCUCAUUCAGCUGUAAUCUUAAAGGUCAAACUGAUGCCUCUGGAAAUGUGCGGGAAUGUGAUGGCAGUGAAGACAUUCAGACACUCCAGAACCCAUACUUAGACACAUCUCAGUUGCGCAUCACUAACAUGGUGUACAAAGCAACAUAUGCCAUUGCGCAUGCCAUCCACCGUCUGAUUUGUAAUGGCACUCAGUGUGAUAAGACCAUUCAAUUUUCACCAUGGCAGAUAUUCAAUCAGCUCAAACUAGUGAACUUCACUACAAAUAAUGGAUUUCAGGUCUCAUUUGAUUCUAAUGGAGACCCGCCAGCUGUGUAUGAACUCAUAAACUGGCAGUCUAAGAAAAAUGGUGUUUUGGAGUUUGUCACAGUGGGUCAGUAUGACUCAUCCCGACCAAGAGGACAAGAGUUCAGAAUGAGCAAAAAUAUAAGCUGGGUUGGAGAACAGACUGAGGUACCAAUAUCUGUGUGCAGUGAGAGCUGUCCUCCAGGCACCAGGAAGGCUGUACAGAAGAGAAGGCCCGUCUGCUGUUUUGACUGUGUACCAUGUGCUGAAGGAGAGAUCAGCAACAAAACAGAUUCUUUGGAUUGUUUGCGCUGCCCUCCUGAGUUUUGGCCCAAUGCCAAGCGAGACAGCUGUCUCCCCAAGCCUGUUGAGUUUCUCUCCUGGGAAGAAACUCUGGGUAUCAUACUAACAGUGUUCUCCAUCGCUGGGGCCGUCAUUGCUGUUUGUGUGGGUGCUGUCUUUUACAAGCACAGGGCCUCUCCCAUUGUUAGGGCCAACAACUCGGAGCUGAGCUUCCUCCUGCUCUUCUCUCUGACUCUCUGUUUCCUCUGUUCACUUACUUUCAUUGGAAGGCCCUCUGAGUGGUCCUGUGUACUGCGCCACACUGCAUUUGGGAUCACCUUCGUCCUCUGUAUCUCCUGUGUACUGGGAAAGACAAUAGUGGUGUUAAUGGCCUUCAGGGCUACACUUCCAGGCAGUAAUGUAAUGAAAUGGUUUGGCCCUCCACAGCAGAGACUCAGUGUGGUUAGUUUUACUCUCAUACAAGUCAUUAUUUGUGUACUUUGGUUGAAAAUAUCACCCCCUUAUCCCUUCAAAAAUCUAAAGCACUACAAGGAAAAAAUUAUCUUAGAAUGUGGCUUAGGUUCUGCUAUAGGAUUCUGGGCCGUGCUGGGAUAUAUAGGAUUGCUUGCACUUUUGUGUUUUAUUUUAGCUUUUCUUGCACGGAAACUGCCUGAUCAUUUUAAUGAAGCCAAAUUCAUCACUUUCAGCAUGCUCAUAUUCUGUGCAGUUUGGAUCACAUUUAUUCCUGCUUAUUUUAGCUCUCCUGGAAAAUUUACUGUAGCUGUUGAAAUAUUUGCAAUUUUGGCUUCAAGCUUUGGUUUGAUUAUUUGUAUUUUUGCUCCGAAAUGUUUCAUAAUUAUUUUUCGGCCAGAUCAGAAUACUAAGAAACACCUUAUGGGUAAGGCACAUUCGAAAGAUCACUAA